AGGAAAAUGUUAUUCGGACUAGCGCGGCUGAAACCAUCAUCUUUACCCAAACCACAGUUGACAAGACUGCUCAGUGAUGCAGUGAAGUAUACGGAAAAGGGAAUCCAGCUGGACGGGAGGGAUAUUCUGCACAUCGAGACCAGGAAUAUGUGCCGAUGUGAAGCCUGUUUUGGGAAAAACGCCCACCAGUGCCUGGAUCAACCUUUAAGUGGGAGCUUUGCCCCGGGAAUCAAGGUUGAGGAGAUUGGUAGAAUGUCAGAUCAUUAUCUUGGAUUGAAGUGGAGUGAUGGACAUGAGGGACUAAUUGCGCGGACCAUGAGAGGAGACUACGGACCUAACCCAAUACAAUCUCGUAUGGAAAAGUUGCUAGAUCUGACGAAAAGAAAAAACACAGAACAGAAAUUCUGGGGGGAGCCAGACGCGGAAGUUUCCAAGCUUUGGGAUUACUCCUGGGUAAUAAAAGACGUUGAUAACACCACAGAGUUCCUGACCCACUACAUGAGAUACGGUAUAGUGUUUCUGAAAGGUAUACCGGCUGAAGAGGGCAUGUUGGACGUCGUAGAGGAGGGUCUUAAGAUGAAACCUUUGCGGAGGACUGUGUUUAAGACGGUGGAUCUGGUAAAGUACAAGCCAACCCCUAGCAACCCAGGAUAUGGCUCCGGGGGCCUUGCUCCUCACCUUGACCUUUCUUAUUAUUAUCAGACACCGCACGUGCAGUUUUUCCACUGUGUGGAGAACACUGUUGAGGGUGGUGAGAGUUUCUGGGUAGAUUCUUUCUCAGCGAUCAAAGAGAUGUCAGAGAAAAGGCCCGACCUUCUGGAAGUGCUGAAAACUGUUCCAGUGACCUACAGAUACACGCCACCAGGGACAGGAUUAUUCCAGAUGACUCACCACUGUGUGGUGAAUAUGCUCGGGAAGGACAUUUGGCAAACGGUUGAUCAACCGUUCAACCUGGAUUCGGCCAUGUUCACCCGUUUCACGGACACGGGAACCAGAGAGAAGUUUUGGGAAGCGUACACGUACUACAGAGGACUAGUGGAGGAUCCUAGUAGGCACUACACAAAAAGAUUGAAUUCGGGAGAGUUUGUAAUCACUGAUAAUUGGAGAGUCUACCACGCUCGAAGGCCGUUCAAAAAGACAGCUCCCGAACAAGAUAGGAUAGUUUCUACUUCUUACAUGGACUGGCAGGUUAUGGUCAACAGGAUUCUUUCCCCGGAAAGGAAAAACUCAAUAUUCUUGGAGACAGAUCAACAUUGAGGAGUCAGCAAUUCAAUUAACACUCGCGGCUAUUAAUUAGCACGGACUACAAACUAAACACACGAUUUAUAAUAUUGUUUUCAUCUUUGAGGAUAUUAAACGUCAUAGUAUGGAGUUGCCACUUUGUGGUGAAUAUGCUCGUGAAGGACAUUUGACAGACGGUAGACCAACCUUUGGCCACUUUUAACCGUUCGCGUUUCAAGGACAUUAAAACUAGAGACCCACUGUUCUUAGAGAGUGAUCAGCUGGAUGAUUUGCUGACUAACACUUGACCAAGCUGACAGACGAUAAAAAGCAAUUUAUUGACACAAACUGUGAAUUUGUUAAUUUGUUACCGUUUUACUUCCGCAUUGGGAAUUCUUGGAGUUUUAGUGGCGAAAACCGAAAAUAUUAAAAACAAAUGGAGAGUGGGGAUGACCGAUGACGCCGCCAAUAUAAGUUUGUAUUUGCUUUUGAUUUUAUUUAUGUAAAGGCAUUUUUUAAAAGUGCCUUUUUUAAGUGUGCCAGAAC